GCGUGAUGGAUCAUCAAAGGGAGGAAGAGGCCAGUACAUGGUCAGUUCUAUUCGUUUUCGUGCGCAUGGUACACGGCGAAGUGCUUGAUAGCUUGAAGCUGGUCCUACCGCGCUAGUAUCAAACAGGUCGACCAACGCGAGACGGGCAAAUGACGAGCUAAAUGCAGUGCACGAAGAUACAGUCGCCGCCGACGCUGCAACGCGUUGCCAGUGCCUACGCCAGCACGCGGUGGUCGUGAACAGAAAUACGUUGUUCUAGUAGGUGCUCGCACGCCAGAGCCACUAUUGCCCACGCCAAUGUAGCCAAUCUUGCGAAUGACUGCCACUGCAUAUGGCAAAAUCGGCGUGGGGGUAGACGUGUCCGCUUCAGGAUUGCACCACCGGUCGCAUUAACGAAUCGUUGCCUGACGCUUCUGACAACAGAGACAACGUCCCGACGGGGCACGAUGUGUCCCUGCCUUGCAAAAGGCCGCUUGAACACUGCCAUCUCGUGCUGCUUCUCUGCAGAGAAGACGACCAAAUGUCGGCUUGCAUUUCCUUCGAAUUUAUCUGAGUCGAUUUUGAAGCAAUCACAAGGCCAAUAUUGUGCGUUCGUCUUCUCUUGCCAAUUGCCCAGGUCGCGUUGGUCACGCCGUGUGUGCCCACGACCAUCGCGACGAUGUGGACGCCAUACAAUACCGUAGACACAUACUACGUAGUCUCCGAACGUUGCACUUAGGUGCUUUGCGACCAUGCGGCGUUCGUCUUCGGAGCACCGCCGCCAAAAACCACCCUACCGCGAUUCGAUCAGAAGCGGCCAGUGCUCGGCGCCGGCGAGCAAUUUCCGGCGGGCGCAUCAAGGUCGACGACGUAUGCAGGCUCGGUCGCGGCUUCCAUUGCAGUAGCAUUGCGAGACGCUCAUCUCGCGCAUGUGGAGGGCGAUCCGUUGCACCCUUUGUGAAAAGCACAAUAUAGCCCGAUCAACCUCGCGCCCAAACCCGAUCUUUUCGGCAAUGUUGCCACAUCCCGAUGUCGGAUUGUCGCCAUUCGCCAACUGUCGCCGCCAUGAACAGGUUUGCCGAUACGUUCCGGAGCAUGUUCAAGGACAUUGAGCGCACGACGACGCAGCGGCCGGUGCGGACCUCGGACGAGCCCGCGCUCCAGAUGGCCGCCGUCCGCCGGGCCAAGCGCCGGUCGCACUACUCGGACGUACUUUCAUCGACGUUUCCCAACACGCCCACCAGGGGGUCCGACGACGCCGAGCGCGCCAAGCACAGCCAGAUCCUCGAGUUUCUCUUGCAGUCGUUUGACGCGACGUGCGACGAGUCGCAUGCGCACGUCCUGCAGGCGCUCGAGCUCUGCGGGCGGCUUUCGGCCGUGGUCGGCGCGGGCCGCGUCGCCAAGACGCAGCUCGAGAUGGCCUUCAUGGCCAACGUCGUCGCGCUCGCGUACCUCGGCGACGAAGGGCUACAAGCGAGCGUCAUCACGCAGCUCGAAGCCGCGACCGCCGCCCACGACUGGUUCCGCGUCCCAUCCUCUUCGCCGAACGCAAAGUACCCAAAAUGGGUCCCGAUGGCAAAUGCGCCGUCCGCGCCGUCGUUCGAGUCGAGUUUGAUGGCCUUUAGCAUGCUCGCCAAGCUCCCAUCGAGCGACAUGAAGAAGGGGCCGCCGCUUUCGCGUGACGUCGAUGCGCUCCUCGGCAAGCUCGUGCUCGAUGGCGAGUUUUACAUGCUCUUUCUCGCUUCGGUGCUCAACCAAAGCCGAAGCAGCGUCAACGAGACCAACGACUGGAAGCGCGUCGUGCCGCACCACGACCGCCUUGUGUACAUUGGUCUCCGGCUCGUGCACGAGUGCGCGUACGAAACGUGGGCCAUGGUGGGGCCGUCGCCGCGCACGUACUUUGCUUUUACCAUGCGCGGCGUGAAAACCGCGAUGCUCAAGGGGCUCAUGCUCCUUCUCAACCCCAAGCUCACGUACCUCACUCUCCUCGCGCUCCUCGAGGCGACCAACGUCCACAACGAGCGCAGCGUCGGGCACUGCCUCCACCAGCUCGAGGAGUGGUUCACGCGCCUCACCGAGUACAAGUUUGACUUGAUGGCGACUGUCCGCGACUACGACAAAGAUUUUUCGUGGCUCUUUGCCAUCAAGCUACUGCUCUUGUCCGACCACAUGGACAUUCUCAAGAAGACGCUCUUGUUCCUCUACAACGUGCUCCCGAUGCUGCCCGACACGCUGCGGACGCUCGUCAUGCGCGUGCUCCUCCACCGCCAUUUCGAGCUUUUCUUGCACUGGCAGCGCGACGUCCGGCGCUUUUACCAGCACGUGCUCGUCUACCGGCUGUGUCCGGGCGCCCACCGCGCGUUCCUCUUCUCGAUGACCGAUAGCUUGCUCGCCAAGGUCGACGGCGAGCACGAGCUCAGCUUCUUCAACUACGAUGCGCUCGCCCCCAAUAUGGAGAGCCUCCUCGACGACGAGCGCGCGAAGUGGACCUUCUUUGACGUGCUCAUCCUCUCGCUCUGUCUCCGCGAGCGCGACCGCGCGCACGAAGCCAACAAGGAGCAGCGCCGCGCUGCCGACCUCGCGGCGGCCCGCGUCGCAACGCUUCAGAAAGAUCUGCACAACUGCUCGCAGAGCCGCGUGAGUGCGUCGUUUGCGCGCGAAUGCAUGUCAGCGAAUGCAACGACCGACGUCGAGGAGAAGCUCGCGGCCGAAGUCGACCGGCUCCGACUGCUGCAAGCGUCGCUGCCGUACUUGCGCGUGACGCCGCAAGACCAUGAAUUCGAGUCGGCGGUCGCGAGCAGCCACGUCGACCGGUUCUUUGCGCCGCGCGAGGGCAUCGAGUGGAAGCACCUCCAGCAGUAUGCGCGCGUCGCGCUUCUCGAGUAUACACACGUGCUGCAGUCGUACUACGCCCAGUGCACGCGGCACCCCGCGACCGGUCGGUUCGAUGUCGCGUUCUUGCCCGUUGCUCCGGAACUCACGUUUUAAUCUAAUAUGUGUGUGUGUUGUACACUAUGGGAGUGUGGA